AUGAAGAUGCUCGAGCUGAACUACUACCAUGGAGAGAUAUUCGAAAAGUACAAAAUCAACAGCGUGCUGUCCGCACUGGUAGACAAGCACAAGCUGCAAAAUGAAAGCAUCGAUUUUAACGAACUGAGCAACAGGAAGAACAACUACAGCAUAAUGGCCCUCCUGGGAAGCCAAAUCAAAAAUUUUAACGACGAUGUGUAUAAAGAUAUAGAUACGAAUGAUAUCAUCUUAGCUCUCUCCAAGUUGAAACAAAUUGACGAACAGAUCACCAUAAACGAAAGCCGCAAUAAAGAUUACAUUUUGGAGAUGGCAGAGCAAAUGUACUAUGAGUACUCCCAGAAGGGACACAUCAGCAAUGAAAAUUCUUUCCAUUUAAAUGGAAAGGAAAACUUCAUCACCGUGAAUUUACAACUCAUGAAUGAAAUUAACGCAGGGAUUAGGAGUUACCAAAAUAAGAUACCCUAUUUGCGUUCCCAUUGGGAGGAAAAAUAUCCCAGGGGGGAUGCUUUACUCCCUGUCGGCGGGGCUCCACAUCAUAAUAAUGGGGACGCCGAUAAUUACAACACCUCUGGGUUGAUUGAACGGGAGGAUUAUUACAGCGUGAAGCAAAGUGAGCUUGCGGAUGAUAGGGGGAGAAACCUGCUGGGUAAAAAUACCCACCCGAGUAGGAAGAACAGCCAGGUGUUUGCCAACCGGACUGAUGAGCACAACCAGGUGGAUGAGUUGGGGCCAAACGAGGAUGAUAGUCAUUUGGGCGUCCUUCGUGGCGCGAAUGCCACAGAGUAUGGAGCAGAAAAGGCCCUCUGUAAUGCUGGUGGUAGUGGGAAGAGCAACCUGUAUCAGUACCGAAAGGAGGCGACGAACAGCACCUACUGCAACAGCGUCGAAAAUGUGAAUGGCCCCGGCGGGGCGAGCAGGCGGAGCAGCCUGAACUUCCUUGGCGAAGAGGAGGGCGACGGCGCCCAUGUUAGCGGCAUUAAUGAUGACCGUGGUGAGCGCAUGGGAGAGCGCCUAGGCGAGCGCAGUGCCAGGAGCACCAGCAACCAUCGAAGGAGAAGCAGCCUCAGCAACGGGACGCGUUAUCACCAGGGGGAACAGGCCCUGAUAAGAGACCCAUCGAAAGGGGCCUACUUGAAGAGGGAGACGGGGCUGGCGAGACCAUCUGCGCAUAUGGGCCAAGCCAGAAAAACAGCUCAGUACGAACGAGGGGAAGAAGACAAUAACUUGGCCGAAAAUAACCGCAGAAAUAGUGCCCUCAGCAGUGCACAAGAUUUAGGCAUAGCAAUGGAGAAUGAGCCAACCACACACAGGAGGAGAAGCUUUUACGAUGCGGAGCAUGUUAGCAGAAUCAACUCGAACAUGUGGGGCCACCGACAUACCAGGGCCCAUGCAAGUGGAAGCGGCAAAGGGAGAUUUGAAAAAAAUGGCGAGCUUCUACGCAAGGAGGAUUUGAACUACUACGGAGCUGAGUCGAAGCGAGCCAUGAGCAAUGUAAAUAGCAUUAUGGGUGCUUACCACCCGGGGGGGAAAAUACCUGCACAUGGCAAUAUUUUCACCAAAAAGGGCCUUAACAGUAAUGGGCGCAAUGGGGGCAACGCCCCCAACAGCGUCCUCGAAAAUAUUGACAAGGCCGAACAAGAAAUCGUUAACAACCACUUGAAGAAUUCGCUAACGCAGAACGAAUACGUCGCGCGGAGGAUGAGCUCCAUCCUGCUGAACCCGACCAUGCCGCAGAAGGAAAUCUUUGGCGGCAGAGUUGUGCCCCCCUAUGGCCACCAAGGUCACCAAGGUUAUCAAGGUCAGCAAUACCCUCAAAGUGUAACAGCCUUCCCUCCGAGGAAUCCAUCGAGUGGUAAUAACUACCCGGGGGACCUGUCUCUGCAGAAGUACAGCACACUCGGCCAGAGAAAGAAUUACACGGCCUACACGAACAACAACAGUAGCUACAUCGUCAGUAGCAGCGUCAACAAGAAUAACCCCUCUGAAGAGGACUCCAUCAUUCACGUGCUUGGAGGGAGAGGCGGGACGGACCAUGAGAAUAAGCAGUUCGUUGCGAGACCUAGAAAUAGCUACCUCAUGAGGGAGAGAAACAUGCACUUCAACUCUGUGGAGCGAAAUAACAGCUCCAACACGCCGCUGAUAAAUAUGGACAGUGUGAGUAACUUCUCGCGCAACGUGCCGAAAUCGAUUGAAUCGAACGUAAAUUUGUACACAAAUAAACACUCACGGGCGUUGGACAUAAAUGACCUGAACAGCAAUGCCAGUCGAAACUACGUGAACAGUUCGAACAGCUUCAAAAGCGACUUCACAGCGAUGCGCGAAAAUUAUGCCAAGAUGCUGGACCGCUCCAAGUCGCUCACUUCGCAGGUUUAUCGGGCGCCCGUUGCACAGAGGUAUAUGUAG